AAAAGAGUCGCUGUUAAAAUCAAUACAAUCCUCAGAACUUCUGUUGUUAGGAUUCAUGAAACAUUCACAAACAAACUGAACAUUAAGUAAGAAAGAAUCUUAUAAAACACAAAUCCAGAUUAUACAGCCAAAGAAACGGAGUUGAGCUCGACGGGGAUUACAGAUUAGAUUCUAAUCUAACGAUAACUAGAUUAAAUAAGAUCAAACAGAGAAAUCACAUAAAACUGAACAUCAGGACAAAGCAGUUACAAUCACUUCAUGGUAUUACUUAAAACAUGGGGGGCGUGUUAAUUCACCAUGGAGAUGUCAGACGAGGUGGACGCUAACAAUUACUCCGGGACUGGCAAGGAGAAGGCACAUACGGCGGGAACGCUGAAUCUCGAACGCCUCCGAGAAGAAGCGGUGCGAGAUACGAAAUUCGAAAGAACAAUUUCCCAGGAUAGUGGGUUUGGAGACGAUAAUAAACUGAAUAGAGGCUCGGUAUCUAGUACCACCAGUGCGGACGAACUAUCAGGGUCGGGCUCAGAGUCUGAACCAAAUGUACCCUCUGAUUCACCUGUAAACCAAGCGCCAUUACGUAAGAGCUCUGCGUCUUGCUCAAGCGGUAAUCUGCCUAAAAUCCCCGAGGAAAGCUCUUCUGAGCCGACGUGUUUAAACUCACAAAGCAUCGAAGGACAAAGUAAUACAGACGAUGUAUUUGUCGAUGCGCCUAGUAACACAAACGACCAAGAAAACGCUGUAAAGGAGAAACCACGUAAAACUCUCGUUGAUACUGGAACAUCACCGUGCCUAGGACACAGUGAGGACAAAGGGAAACAAACGAUUGUGGAUACAAACAAAAUAAAUACAUUAUAUACUGAUCCAGUCAAUACAAAGAAAUCAGGCAUGGAGAAAAAACACAAAAAAGAAUCGAUGAAUAAAAGCAAGGCCAAGAAACCAUUGAAACCAACGGCGCCUAUGCCACCCGGUGCGUCUUGGAGAGACUAUAAAAGUAUCGCCCAAGGUGGCAAAGGUGAGUUUAGAUGGUGGGAAAACACUGACUCUGAAGGAGAGGCAACUCCAAAAGCUCGAAGGUCAAGGUCACCGGCGGCGGCCGAUGAGUUAAAUACUCGUCUAGGGAAGGUUGCUAUAACAAAUGAUAAUGCUCCGAAUGAAACUAAGACCAAAAAGAAUAGCCCACCUCCAUUGAACCACAGACAUAUCCCAGUCAUUCGAUCAGUACGUGAUCAACGGUCAAGGUCACCAUCUCCUACAAUUAACUGUCUCUCGAUCUUAAAGUUUAGGAAUCGACUGAAGAAAUCUAAAAAUAAACGCCAACCAGAAGUUCCGAUUCAACCGAAAGAUACUGCAGUUACGGUAGAAAAUCUAAGAGCGACACCCAAGGACACUGCGAGAGAGAGCGAAGACAGCGGCAUGCCACAUUCCAACUCCGAUUCGGAUAAUAGCGUAACUGAUACGAAAACCAAGGAAAAACAAAAAGCUGAAAUUACCAAGAAAGACCCUAUGGAAUCAGAUGAAUCGGAGUCCAAAUUAUUCAAGGAACUCCAAGAAACUAAAGAACGAACUGUCGCAAACGGAGGAAAGGCAGUCUUCAACUGGUGGGACGAUGACGAUGACGACUCAAAGAGUACUGAUAGCAGAGAGAGUGGUUCGUCUAACGGCAGUGAAAAGCACGUGGGGAGACGCCAUUCUACCAGUUCCAAGGUGGGAUUUGGUUUGACAGGUUCAUCAACAGCGAUGAUGAGACGUUCUCAUAGGAUGAGAGACAAGCCUGGAAAACUGUACCAACUGAAUCGAUACGAGAGAGACUAUUACUAUAACAACCAUGGUUUCGGAGAACGCCCAGGUCAAGGAACCGAGAGACCGAAUGUCAGUGGGUAUCAAAUGUACGGGGAACGCAAAUCGGCAAAAGGCAUGAGCCCAUUUGGUGGGUUGUCCCGCAAAGAAAAGUCAUAUAUGGGAUCAAAGGGUGCAGCAACCGGAGGAAGAAAGAGCGGUAAACGACGAUAACGUAUAGCAGUUACGGAUAAGUAUUCUGAAAAGCGAUGAUUAAUGAAUAUGCAGUGGCAGUUGCAUGACUAGAAUAACAUACGUAUGAAGUAUGCGUACACUUCGUGUGUAAUUACGUACACGUAUACUCGUAUAGACUUUUUUGAUUUUGUACAUGACUUCAAUUGAAUACGUGCGUGAUAUGCGUACACUGCAAGUGUUAUUCUGUAGAAGUACUCACAUGCACGUAUAAACGUUUCUUCACAUGAUUUGAAUUGUACACGUACUGCAUAUAUACUUAUAUACUUGCCCUUCACGUGUUAUUCUGUACAUGUAUACAGGUAUAGACGCUUCUUUGCUUGACGUGAUUCGUGAAU